AACCUCCAGCAAACUCCAGACUCACACAUUCAUAUGGAGAUUUGGGAGUAUAAAUAGAGGGAGAGGAGAGAGAGCCGAGCACAGAUCUGAUCUGAUCCUAACAGAGAACCGAACACAAGACACACAGCCAUGGCACCUACAAUCACUGGAGCAAUCAUCAGCAGAGAACAACUUCCACUCUCAAACAAGCUGAGAAAGCCAAUAGUGGAGAAGAUCCGCAGAGAACGAAUCAACAGCAGCACUGAGAAGCUCAAGUCUCUUCUGGGUCAAGAGUUCCUAAAGCAGCAGCCCGACUCCAGACAGGAGAAAGCUGAAGUCCUGGAGAUGACGCUUGAUUUCUUGAGAUGUCAGCGGCGCUCCCAGAAUCCCUCGGCCUGCAGCUCUACUGCAGCUCAUGAAGGACACUUCAGAUGUGUGCAGGAGGCCGUCAACUUCCUGUCUCAGUGUCCAGAGCAGACCGAGUCCCACAGAAGACUGCUGAAGCACUUCCUGCACACACAGCUCCACACAGAGAACCGCACACAUGCGCCGUCUCAGAUCAGUUCACCAGCCGCACAGAGCAGCAGCAAAGAGCAAACUCCUGUGCUCUGGAGACCCUGGUAGAGCCACCAGGACCCAUGUGAUUUAUCAGACAGAAUUCAUAAUGCCAGUCUGAGAUUGGCGUGGACUGUAAUUCUAACGUAGGAAAUGAUUUCCGCCUCUGCUGCUUAUGCAGGACCUUUAAUCUGCUUUCAGAGAAAGUUUGUGUUUCAUUGAAACUGUGUGACCAGUAAUAUUUGAUCAGAAUGUACAGAAUCUUUUGCCACGUGUGAAAAUUAAUAUUGAUAAAAACAUACAAGUCUGAUUUAGACUUUGAGCUCCUGUUGCUCUUUCACCCAUAUUGGGUUUGUUCUCUUACUGCUUUCAUUUACUGAGAAAGUUUGUGUUUCAUUAAAGCUGUGUGACCAGUAAUAUUUAAUCAGAAUCAUUUGCUUUGUAAAAUGAUUAUUACAUUUGUAAAAAUUUAGAUUUAAAGAAACGUUAAAGUCUGAUUCAGAGAUUUGAGCUCUUGUAGCUCUCCUUCACUCAUAUUGUGUUUAUUCUCUCUGCAUCUAAAGGAUGAUGACACUGCUUUCAUUUACUGAAAGCUUUUGAUUUAUAUUUUGUUGUUUAAAAUAGAUCCUAUAUUUCUUAUGAGUUUAAUUUUUUUCAUUUGAAGGAAAGAUUUUGUGAAAGCACAAAUUGCUGUUUUUAAUGUUUGCAUGGUUUUACAUGAAUGAGACAUUUCCCCUAUACAGGACAGUUGUUUAUCGUCACUGUUAGUGAUCUGAAUUUUACUCUUUGUAUUCAAAGUCAAGUUGUUACUUUCUUUAAAUGUAUUUUGACAUUGAAAUGACAUUCCCAGUUCAAGAGAACUAUACAGAUGUAAUAACAUGAGUUCUUCAUGAUUGUAAAAAUAUGUAUUUACAUAUUGUUACUGAUGUUACUUCGGGUACUUUAAGGCACUUGAAUGUCCUUCAAAGUUGAGGCAGAAGUUCACUGUCAGAUUUGCUCUCAUGUGAAGAGCAGCGAUCAUAUUGCUAAUGACAAAUAAAUUGUACAAUCAAGUUUA